UUCCCCCCAAUUUUUAUUCUUUUUUCUCAUUUUCUGACCCAUUUUUCCCCUUUUCUCUCCCCUCCCCCCGGAAGCGCCUCUUCGCCGCUUUUGGGUGAAAAAAACCCCAAAAAGGGGAACCGAAAAUGCCGAAAAUUCAAAUUUCGCUGCUCGGGGGCGGCCAAAACCUCCGAAUUUCACCUGAAAAAUCCGAAUUUCAGCCCAAAACCUCCGAAUUUCAGCCCAAAAAUCUGAACUCGGCGCCGGAACAGGAUUUGGGGUUCGGCGCCGCCAUGGCCCAGCCGGGGCCCUACGGGAACUGGAUCGGCCCCGGGCGGCUCCAGCGGCAGCCGGGAAUUUACUCCGUGGCCGGGAGGAUUUCCCCAGUGGGCGACUUCAGACCCGCCUCUCCCGACAGUUUCGAGGCCGAUUACGACGACGUUUCCAUGGCGGGAUCCGAGCGGGGCCCCCCGGCCAAAGGCGUUUAUCUCCUGGCGGGGCCUCCCCAGGAGGAUCCCGAAGAUUCCCAACGGAAAUUUGGGAAUUCCGAGCCCGAAUCCGGGAAUUCUGACCGGAAAUCCGGGAAUGGGGACCGGAAAUCCGGGAACUCGGACCGGAAAUCCGGGCAGCGGGACCGGAAGUGCGGGCCAUGGGCAAUGGCGGCCGCCAUGGCGCUGCUGGGCCUGGCCUGGGGGGGGCUCCUGGCGGCGGCCGUGGGGAAACACCAGGCGCUGUGGGCGGAGCUGGAGCUGCUGAAAUCGAAUUUUUCGGCUGUUCUGGAUUCCCUGCAGCAGGAGCAGACCCGGCUCCAUUUCGGGAUCCGGCAGCACCAACUGGAGCAGGAGGAGCAGGCCGCUUUUCCUGGUGCAGAACAGCAACCGCAGCAGCUCCUACUGGCUGGGGGUGACGGACGCGGAGCAGGAGGGGAAAUGGCGCUGGGUCAACGGCGAGGAGCCGCAGAUCGGGUUUUGGGACGUGUGGCUGCAGGAGGAGCAGCAGGAGCUGAAGGAUUGCGGCGCCCUGGGGCCCAAAGGGCGCUGGGUGAGCGCGGCCUGUGCGGAGCCGCUGCGCUGGGUCUGCGAGAGGCCCGGACACUGCUGAAAUUCCCUUUUUUUCACCCAAAAAUUCCCCCCAAAAUGAAAAAAAAACUCCCUAAAAAUCCCUCAAAAAUUCCGCAAAAAACCCGGCAAAAAUCCCCCAAAAAUCCCUCAAAAAAUACUGUUUUUAUUAAAGAAUUUGUGCCAAAAAAUCUGAAUUUUUUUUAAGGAUUUGUGUCAAAAAUCCCGCAAAAAAUGC